GUUCCCCCCCGUGUUCUCCCCCCUCUUCCCGCCGACGGUGGCGGUGGCGAUGGAAGCGCCCGCGUGGCCCUCGAGGGCGGGCCGGUGGAUCCCCAAGGACUUGCACCAGGAGUUGGUGGCGCACUACCUGGCGCACAACGGCACCAGCUCCGACGAAGAGUGGAACUCGUGGGGGCAGACGCAGAUCAACGCACACGAGACGCUGUCCGCCAUGGUGAACGUCCACGCGGGGAAGGGUGGGCCCGCCUUGGCGCGCAGGAUCAAGGAGGUCCUGCAGCCCAGGCUGGAGCGGUGGGCGGGCCUGGAGCUCGAGGAGACGUCCCUGUACGGGAUGCGGGAGUACACCUCCCCCCAGUACCUCAGGGCCCACCUGGACCGGCCUGACGUCCUGGUCGUGUCCGUCACGUUCAGCGUCUUCCAGGAGGCGUUCGACCACAGGAAGUGGCCGCUAGAGGUCAAUGGGUUCGCCACUAACCGCUUCGUGCGGGAUGGCAGCACCAGCUUUGACGAUAACGAUGGCAACAGGGCUGCCGACGGCUUGCGGCGGCGUCGCGCUUGGUUGGCCGACGAGAUUGCGGCGUCGACGGCGCGCUGGCCCGGCGAGGCGCUGCAGCUCGGGCAUGCCGACCUCAGAGCAGCCGACGGCGCGGACGCCGUUGCGGCUGCGGGCGGCGCGAGGGGGGUCGCGCGCUGCCGCGCUGGCCCUGCGGCGCCCGCGGCUGCGGCCGCGGAGGCGGGCGCGCGCGCUGACUCUGCGACGCCUGCGCGGAUCGCUCGAGCGGCGCGCCCGUCGCUGGCGGGCCCUCGGUGCACGGAGGCCAAGGGCAUUCCGCGCUACGAGACCACGACGCUGAUGGGCAUUACGGAGGGCACGCCGAACAGGAGCUUGAUCAUUGCUUCAACAGAUCUGAACGACGGCAUGGACAUCCAAUCUUGUGAUGGACUGCUGCAGGAGACGGACAGCACCAGCAUCGGGCCCUUCGGUCGCAGCCUGGAACACUUGGCAGGCACCUCUUAUCGAGAAUGGCUGGAGGAUAGCGACAUGGCGGUUAUCACUAGCUUCUACGCGUGUGGCCCCACGUACCAUGGACACAAAAGUGCGCGCUAUAUUGACCACUUGGCCAUAUCGUCGCCCUGGUUGGUUCGAGUUCAGAAAUGUGCAAUUGCAUGCAGCCUCACUCGAAGGGUGCGUGCGAUACCGAGUGUUGCAGUUUUGGAUCACAUGAUCAUCGUUGCCGAGAUCGAUUUCAAGCUCACGUACACGGCGCCACGUAUAGAUGGCCACAUAUGGGAUUUCUUCACACUCAGUCAAGCUAUGAGGAGCGAGGAAGAGGCGCAACGGUUCCGCGAUGAAGUGGAGCAGGCUUUGGAGGCGAAGCUCAACGCGAACGGCUACACCGAGGCAGCUUCGUGGAUGCGAGCUCAUACCUUGGAAUCUUCGUGGCUGUAA